ACUCACGUCGUGGACUUGGCAAUUGGCAUUUGGCAAUCGUAAUUUCCGAAAUCCGAAUUUUCAAGGUUCAAGAUCACUCAUUUUGAUAAGAAGUUACGAUAAUGCAAUACUAACUUGUGAGUUGUGACGCUGUUUAAGUGUGAAUUAUUUAUAAGUUAGGUUUUUGUGACUAAGAAGAUAUUCCACAAUAUACAAUAAUGUUUAGAAAUAUAAUAAAAAGUUUGCCUAAAUACAUAGUGCCGAGUGCGCGGAAAAAUAACGGUCCGAUGACGACUUUUGGCAAUUAUAGGAAUUUAGUACCUCUAUCGACGACACGACCCGCUUUGCAAUCAGAUAAGGUUAAGGUCACCUUCCUCCUGUACGACGGCCGCAAGCUCGAAGCCGAAGGCAAAGUAGGCGACACGCUUCUAGACGUGAUCGUGAACAACGACCUCGAUAUCGACGGCUAUGGAGCCUGCGAGGGGACCGUGACUUGCUCCACGUGUCACGUGGUACUGACGCAGGAGGACUUCGACAGAUUACCCGAAGAAGCGGGCGACGAAGAACGAGACAUGUUAGACCUGGCCUACGGUCUCACAGACACGUCUCGGCUCGGCUGCCAAGUGACGCUCACUAAGGAACUCGACGGACUCGUAGUGAAAGUGCCCGAAAGUGUGAACGACGCACGCAGUUGAUAGAUGGCGCUGUACUGAUGAAACAUAUUCAACCUCUUUACCAGUUGAAAUUGUAGCUAGCUUAAUUUUUUUGUUGAAUUUGUAAACCCAGUAAAAGAAUGUGAAUAUUUUGUAAGUGUCAAAAGUAAAUACGAUUUGAGAAAUAAUCAAUUUUGACAAUUUUUUGAAAAAAUUGGUCCUUCGAGAAUUUUAUUUUUUGGAUGUAGAUGGCGUUGAAUUUUAUUCAAAGGAAUCUAAGAGAUCAUAAUAAUAUUAUUCGUUAAGCGAAAAAUUGAAUGUAUGUAUAGUUUUUUUUACAGUUGAUUGUCACGGUCUUGGGAUCUUUGCAUAUGUUUUAGAAUGUAAAUCAAUAAAUUUCAUUAUUUAUUUAAUAAAUUACUGAAUUAUAUGUGACAAUUUUACGGGGUUUUAUUUAAAUGGUUUAAACCAAAAAGAAAACUAUAUUAAUAGAAUUAUUGUGAGUUGCUUAUAACCCCAAUGAAAGAAAAAUAAUAAGUAAGUAACCUAAUUAUUUAUCAAAAAAGUAUAUUAGUAACGGUUAAGUGUGAAUAUUGCACAAUAAAUUAUAUAUAAAUCUUCUAAACCCAAUUUUUUUAACCAUUAUUUUUUAUUUAAAUGCAAUAAAGUUAAUAAAAAAGUCAUAAUUAUAAGUGUUUGUCAUCAAUACAAUGAUAAUAAAAUUAUAGUAUAGUGUCACAAACUUAUCUGACCCGGUGACAGUGUCACUGAUGUCGCUUUCUUUUUAUUUAAACAAAAUAUUCCGUAUGAAAAGUCUGUGAAAAUGUGACAUUUCAAAAUGGCGGCACGUAGUUCCAGUUUUUGUCACCGGGUCAGAUAAGUUUGUGGCACUAUAAUAACUUAACAAUCGAGUCUUCAACUAUUUAUGAUCAGAUUGACGGAUAAAGGGCAGCAAUUGUUUAUUAGAAGUAUUAAAAUGUGUUUAUAUUUAUACAAUAGUUAUGAUAGAUACGUAAUGUUACUGUUUUGAGGUAUUUUAAUAAAUUAUUUUUCGAG